AGACACAUUGGUGUAUUUAUAGAAAAAUGAGGCCUCACAAUACCCUUUUUGGAGAGAGAAUGAUUAUGGAACUGAGGUGCGCGGGUGCAUGCGUCCCAGUUUUCUGAUUAACACUGUGCAAGCAGGCUGGCCUUAGGAUGAAUCUGGGAUGAGACGCAGGACUAACUCCUUGACACACUCACACAGAGACUGCGCUCGCUUCUCAUGCACACUCACCCUUUGCUCAUGUGGACACUGCUGUGGUUUAAGGGUGGAAGAAUGGGACAAUGUUUUAAGUUCGUCAACCUUUCUGUUUGACUUUGGGUUGGUUCUAGUUCCUUUUUUAAACGUUACAUUUGAGAAGGCUGGAUUGGAUAACAGGCUGCUAGCAGGCCGCCUGCUAUUUGACAUUCAAGAUGAAGAGAUUUUUGCAAAACAAAAAAGGCAGAUACUCUUUCCGGCGGGGCUCUCGGUGUCCAUCUAAAGAUUUCUUCCUCAGCAUGCCGUCGUCCAACCAGGGCUGGCCGGAGGAGUUUGGCUUCCAGCUGGGUGGCAAUGGACCCAGCUACAUCCUGUCUGUGGAGGAGGGCAGCAGCGCCCACCUGGCGGGGUUGCAGGCUGGGGACCAAGUCCUGGAGAUCGAGGGCCACAAUGUGUCGACGCUGGGUCCCCAAGCUGUCGUCGCCAUCGCCCAGACUCAGAAGAACAUCCCUCCCAGUAUCGGAGUGGUGUCCCGCAUACAGCAGAUGGACAUCAUACCAGGUCCGGACGGUCGUUUUGGGUUCACCAUCGUGGGAGACUGCCCCCUGCUGGUGGAGGACUGCUCGCCUUGCUCUCCAGCCGGCCGCGCAGGUCUGAGGGCCGGGGAUUACGUCAUGGAGGUCAAUGGCAUCCCCGUCAGGCAGCACGAGACGGCCGCGGCGCUGAUCAAGGCCUCACAGGGUAGGACGCUCCGUCUGGGGGUGCUGUGUCUCGGCCCGAGACAGAAACGCAGCAUCAGCGUAGAGGAGAGUCAGAUGGGAGGAGAGGGGGCGAGACUGGACCGUAAACAUAAAGCUCUGGAGUUCAACAGGAGGAUUGACCAGAUUUUAGGUGACGACCCCGAAGUGAAAGAGAAACUCUUCACUGUGCUGAAGCAGUAUGCAGCCGAGAAGAGAGUCGAGUGGCUGGCCUCGGUCCUGCCCGACAUACUCACCACUGAUGAGCAUCGGCAGCUCAUCUCCAGCAUCAGAAUCUUCAUUCCGAAGAAGCACCGACAGCGCUUCGACGAGGCCGUGUCCCAGAACGUGAUCAACCGACUGUGUCGCAGCAAGAGCAUCAGCGAGCCGCAUGGCAGAAUCCGGCGCAGUCGGAGUGAGGAUCACUCUGAGCGCCACCACGGGUCCAAACGGGCCAGCUCAGUGCCCAGAGAUGGAGAACCCGGGGGGAGGGGGGAGGGGGAGAGAGACAGAGGCUUAAGGAAGUCCGUCUCUGGGAUACCCGCACAUCCCCCCAUCGGACCCAAUCAGAGGAUAAUUCGUGUCUACCGAGGGAAGAAGAACUUUGGCUUCACGCUUCGAGGUCACGCCCCCGUCUGCAUCGACUCGGUUAUCCCAGAUAGCCCUGCUGAGGAAUGUGGACUGAAAACAGGCGACCGUAUCCUCUUUCUCAAUGGACUGGACAUGAGGAACUGUUCCCAUGAGAAGGUGGUGUCCAUGCUACAGGGCAGUGGGGCAAUGCCCACUCUGGUGGUGGAAGAGGGUCCGUCUGAGUACUCCUCAGACCAAACCGACCCGGAGGAGUCUCCGAGCCUGGCCCCCACCACGUUACCGCGCUCCAGGUCCCCAGCACUCAGUUCUCUGCAGUGGGUGGCAGAGAUUCUUCCGCCGAGCAUCAAAGUCCACGGGCGGACCUUCAGCCAGCAGCUGGAGCACCUGCUGACCAUCCAGGAGAGAUACACAGUCUGCAAGGCCCUGGAGACCUUCUUCCAGCACAGGAAUGUGGACACUCUGAUAGUAGACGUGUUUCCGGUGUUGGACACGCCGGCCAAACAGUUGAUCUGGCAGUUCAUCUCCCAGCUACUGACAUACGAUGAACAGGAGCGCUGCCAGGGCAAGCUGUCACGCUUCCUGGGUUUCAAGAGCAGUGCCGCUUUGGAGCCUGACGUAGGCCCGGAGCACCACCGGCGGAGCAGCUCCAUGCGCGUGACGGGGUCGUCCUAUCGCGGCAUCGUCCGAGAGAGGAGCUCUGACGACUGCAUCAUCGGGACUCACCUGGGAAUGGGAAUUCAUGUGGAUGAAUCCGGGAGCCCGGAGGAGAGGCAGUCAGGAGAUGGAACCUCCUUCCCCGAGUCCCCUGACCUCAAUCAUAUGACAGGGGUGUACACGGAGCUGGAGAACGUGUACGCGGGGAAGAGUGUGUCACCACUGCGGGGGGGCUCCUCAGCAGAGCCCGAGAGGCCGGGACAGACUGAGGCCUACGGGCGCUCUCUCUCCCCCCUCACACUCCCCCCUCUAACAGGCAGCCGUAAAUCCGGCCUGUCCCUGUCCUGGAAAGAGCCACUCCCCACUCCUGUGUAUGAGAUCCACCACCAGAGCAGCGUGGACUCCAACCCUUACGUCAGCCUGGAAAGCCCCCCCGCCUCCCCUCAGCCCUCGGAUGGCGGCCCCAACACACUGACCCGCCGCAAGAAGCUGUUCACCUUUUCCCGCCCACCUCGCAGCCGGGACACAGACAAGUUCCUGGACUCUCUGAGCGAGCAGCUGGGCCACCGGGUCACUCUGGUGGAUGACUUUGUACACGGAGAGAAUGACUAUGAGGAGGUGAGGAAGACCCGCCUCCAAUCUACUGCAUCCUCAGCUAUAUAUCAAGGUGGUUGUCAUGGUUUCAGAAGAAGAGGGAUGCCUAUGAGUUUCCAGGAGGAGCAGGACAUGGGCUUCAUGCCCCGGCGCCUCAGCAGUGGCAGCAGUGAGGAUCACAGUAGCAGCGACGAGGCCUCCUCUCCCUGCUACUCCUCAGGAUCGGAACUCAUCCCCCCACCUCCCACCCAGAGCCCCCCGCCUCCCCCACCUUUCCAGUCUCUGAUACCGCCCCCUGUUCAAUUCACCGACCCCGUGCCGCCAGUCCGCUUCUCCCCCGAGCACGUCCCCCGCAGCCGGAUGCCCUUCCAGCCGCAGCACCCCAUCAUCCCUCCUCCGCCGCCCCCUCCGAGGUCCCUCCUGUCCAACCGCUCUCCUCUGCACAAAGUGCUCCCCGCCAGAGAAGAAGUAGAGAAAACUCACCAGCGCUUCCAGACAACCAUCACCACCACCACCACCCGCCUCCCGCACGGCCACAGCGCCCUGGGUUCCAGCACCCUGCGCUCCUCCCAGCCGUCCCGCCCCUGCUACCUCCCCCGGCAGUUCAGUCAGCCCCAGCCUAUCCUGCAGCCGUCCCCCCAGCCCUCCCCUCAGCCGCUGAGACCGAGCCAGCUCGUCCUCCAGAGGCAUCACCAGCUCCACCACCAACACAGCUAUCAGGGCCCGCUGCCGCCUUCCCUCCAGGAUCACAGCUCGUCCCACUGUCCGAGCCAAGGCCCUGGGGGCUCCCCGCUGCACUCCAAGCCUCCGGCCUCUUACUCCACCCUCCCCAGUCACACUAAAACCUAUGAAACCCCAAAGCAGGAACAGCAGACACAGCAGGCUCCUCCGCCCCCACCUCCACCACUGCCCCCACCCUGUGACCCGCCUCCGCUUCCUAAGUCAGGCAACCACGCCUCGGACACCAACCACAUGAGUGUGAAGAGGCUGCGCUGGGAGCAGGUGGAGAACUCCGAGGGAACAAUAUGGGGUCAGCUCGGAGAGGACUCAGACUAUGACAAGCUCACUGACAUGGUGAAGUUCUUGGACCUCGAUCUUCACUUCGGGACUCAACGCCGAUCUAUCUCUCCUCCAGAGCCAACCUUCUUGCCAGAGAACUUUAAAAAGAAAGACGUGGUGGAGAUUCUGUCUCAUAAGAAAGCCUACAACGCCUCCAUCCUCAUCGCCCAUCUGAAGCUCUCCACCAGCGAGCUGCGUCAGAUCUUGUUGAACAUGACGACCGACCGGCUUGAGCCCGCUCACAUCAAGCAGCUGCUGCUCUACGCCCCGGACGACGACGAGGUCAAACAGUUUGAGCAGUUUGAACAGGAUCCGGCCAAACUUAGCGAGCCCGACCAGUUCAUUUUCCAGAUGUUGACGGUGCCCGAGUAUAAAACCCGUCUGCGGAGCCUCCACUUCAAGACCACCCUGCAGGAGAGGACGGAGGAGAUGAAGGUUGCGUACGAUUACAUCUACAAGGCUUCGGUGGAGCUAAAGAGCAGCAAGAAACUGGCCAAAAUACUGGAGUUUGUACUUGCAAUGGGGAAUUACCUUAACAAUGGUCAGCCCAAGAGCCACCGGACAACCAGUUUUAAAAUCAACUUCCUAACUGAGUUAAGCACGACCAAAACAGUAGACGGGAAAUCCACCUUUCUGCACAUUCUGGCCAAGUCUCUGUGCGAACACUUCCCUGAGCUGCUCAACUUCUCCAGAGACCUGACAACAGUGCCUCUGGCAGCCAAGGUGAACCAAAGGGCCAUCACAGCAGAGCUGAGUGAUCUGCACUCCACCAUCCUGGACAUCAGGAAGGCCUGUCUUAAGAUCCCGCCCACCUCCGAAGACCACUUUGCCUCCGUCAUGAGCAGCUUUUUGGAGAACAGCCACCCUGCAAUCCAGUCUCUGGAGUCCCUGCAGACCCGAGCCAUGGAGGAGUUCUCUAAGGUGGCCUCUUUCUUCGGAGAGGACAGCAAGUCCGCCAACACGGAGUCCUUCUUCGGCAUCUUUGCGGAGUUCAUGUGCAAGUUUGAGAGAGCUCUCAGUGAGACCCAGACUCCAGAAAACCCCAGAAGCCCCAGACUAUCUUCCCCUCUGGCCUGGUAGAAGCAAGAACCGCGGGCGGACGUCGGGCCAAACCGACAGGCCGGUCGGCUCCAUUUUCACUCUGCUCUCCACAACCAAAGUGCCAAGAUCACACACAGAGACACUCGGACCAACGGGAACAGAGACCACGUCAUCUAUAGCAAACAGAAUGGAAAUGCACUGUAUCUAUUUGUAGAUAAUCACGGCUAGUGAGUGCCCCGUGUGCUACAUUACUGUAACUUCAGGUGCUGGGUAGAGCCGGCUUUACAUUAUGUACAUCUUUUUAGCACAAACAUUACACAGUAAAAGAUACAUUACAGAAGCCAUCCAUAUACAUUUCAUUGCAUUACAAUGAGAUGUAAGUCAUGAAAUCAAUUGGUCUGGAUAUUUAGAUUACCUGCUAUGUUUAAUACAUGACUAUAUAAAGUUUAUAUUUUCUAUCAGAUCAUAUUUGAAAAUUGUAAAGAUUAAGCGUAGACAGACGACAGUUAUCUAGAAGCAAGGUGUAGUUUAGUUAGUGUGUACAGAGCCAGACAGUUCAUACAGUAGUGCGCUCACUGCCUCCCAUACAGCACGAUUUGAUUUAAAAAAAAAAAAAAAAAAGUAGAUAUCUGAGUUUUUUCCAACAUUGCUGGUCUGGACUUACAGAUGUGGUCAUCUAACCUACUGUGAAUUUAAAGGCAUCUAUUAUGGGAGUUAUAAUAAAACACAAAGAUAAUAGUUUUCAUCUCCAUACACAGGGAGAUAAAAGUAAUCCGCAACCAGCUCUGGUUCACCUUUGUCCUUUGCAAAUUACAUUUCUAAAUUCUCUUUGAUGAUCAGUCAGUCAUUUCUAUGGAAGUAAAACAAUGCCGUUAAGAUUUAGACUCCAGUCAUCACAUCCCAACUGGACUCCAUCCUGAUCAUACAUAGCCACUGAAAUCUGUCCAAUCAGGCCAGUUUGCAGCGCAUCAACUGGAAAGCCUCUAAACAAUAGGUUUGAGUCAGCAUCAGCAUUGUAAGUUUUCUGCCUGCGAGGACUCUAAAUUUAUCCAAUAGCACAUAUUUAUUUGCAAAACAUCAUUUAGAACACUUUUCACAGUAAGGCAACACUGACUACAUCAGCACAUGGUGAAAUGUGGCUUAGGAAUCAUCUGUUUAAUAGACCGUGUGGGUGGAAUGCCUUGUUUUUGUCAGUACAGAAAGUUGAGAGGCAGCUGAGCCGUUUGCUUCUGUUAAUAGUUCUGCACUUUGUCAAGUAUCUCUCGAGUGUUGUGAACACAGCCUGGCUUCAGCAAGUAUCUAGCUGCUGAAUGAAUGUCAAAUGCAUGUAGGGAGAGAAAAAAACAUCCUGCUGUAAAUGGUCAUUUCCUGCUUUUCCAGUCGUCAUGGUGAUCCCCUGACUCAUCUACAGUACAGUGUACCUGUAGCUGUGUUGCUAUUUGUCAAUUAACUAUUGUUGAGAUUGUAAAUUUACAGUUUUUGCUAUGCACUGCUCAUCAUUUUUUUGUAUUGUAUGCUUGUGUGUCCUACAAGUCCUAGUUUAUUUUCCUAUUCAAGAGUGUCAUCAGGAAAUGUACCAUUUUAUUUAUUAUUUAUGCACAGCUUUAGUCAGGCUUACGAGGUGACUGAUCUCGUAAAAAUGCAAUUCUAGCUGCUACUAGUGUAGUAAUGGUGUUUUUUGUCCAAAUCGAUUGCAUGUUGGUGCAGUUCAUGUAUUAAGAUGUGCAGCUGGUAGCAUUGCCCCUCCCUGGAUAUUUAAGUUUAAAAUAAAUACAGUUCUGUUGGUCUAGUUAGGUUUAUGUAUCGGUUGCCUACAGGCUCCCUUUUAUAUUCGUUUUAUAUGUUUUCAUGGGAAGUUACUCAUGUUUUGAAAUUGUUUGACCUUUAUGUUUUGUUCAAUGCUUUCAAAUGAAGGCUAUGUUUUUGAUCUAUAAAAAUAUCAUGCUUGAAAGUAAAAACUGCUGUUGAAGUUUGUACACAAAAAUAUAAAUCAGGAUUAAUUUCUUCAUAUACUUUAUUUUCUUUGGAAAGGGGGUAUAACCAAGCAUUCAUAUAACAUGUUUUGACUCCAUAUUUUAGCUCACCAGACGGCAUACAUACAAAACUAUGGAGCUUAAAAAUGCAGCAUUAUCAUUUCUAGUUUAAUGCCGUUUGUUCGUCUUACAGAGCCUCGAGAUACCGAGCUCGCUUGAUGCACGGGGAUAAGGCAGCGAGGUACAAGAGCAGAGAGAUAGGAGGGGAUUAAACUGCUUGAUUGACUCUGAAAAACAAAACCCUGUUUUCAGGGCAACUGCAGCAUCCAUCAAGACUUCCUCCAUUGGUACCAUAUUGGGUCAGUUCUCUGGGAACCACAC